AAAUUAAAAUCGUUCGAACCACAUCACUAGUAUUUUCAUGUGCGGGCGGCGAAAGGAAGAUUUGUUUCAAUAGAUUUGUGUUUUUUCAAUAUUUCACCGAAAGAACAUAAAAAUCUCAUAACCACAACAAGAAAUGACCGCUGAGAACGAACGGGAAAUUUAUCACAAAUUGGAAGCCAUGAAGGAAAUUCGGAACAAGACAAUCACACUGGAGCGGCUGAAGCGUAGCAUCUUGAAUGAGGUCCGUAGCGGGGACCAAGAGGGCCGCUGUCUGCAGCAGUACAAGCGGGAGAUGGAGCUGCUGCAGCAGGAGAAAAUGAGCCAUGUGGAGGAGCUUCGACAGAUACAUGCGGACAUCAAUGCUAUGGAAACAGUAAUAAAGCAGACAGAAGAGAGCAUGACCCGCAAGCUGUCCAAUGCUUCUCGUCUCCACGAAGACUACCGACCGCUCAAGGCCGAGGUGGAUUUGCUGCGGAGACAGUGCUUGGGGCUCGACCGCUUGCCUGACUUGCAUGAGGAGGAAGGCUCUCCCAUCACUCCUGACCGCUUCCCGGCGCUGCCGACGCCGCCGCGGCCGCCGCCGUUCCUGGCGCCGGCGCCGCGCAAGCCGCCGCCGCCGCCGCCCGCGUUCAGGUCUGCCAUAGAACAAGAUUUCCUUACCGUCUCGCUAAGACAGCAGCCGCCGCCGAUGAAGUCGUGCCUGUCGUGCCACCAGCAGAUCCACCGCAACGCCCCCAUCUGCCCGCUGUGCAAGGCCAAAAGCCGAUCAAGGAACCCCAAGAAACCAAAGAAGAAAUAGUCAUUAUCAACCCAAAAUUGAAGGUAGUUUGUAAGUUUUUUGGUUGGUUGUAAGGAGUUUUAGAUGGGUAUACAGUAGUUGGAUUUCUAUGAAUCAGAUGUUUUACCUAUUGAUUUUGGUGAAUCGGCGGGAUGUGAACAAGAAAUUUUGCAUGCAUCAUAUUUGGAGUCAUUUACUUUUUAAACAAGUGAAAGAAAACUGGUUGUAUAAACAUACACUAUUAAACAAUAGUGAUUUAAUUAAAUUAUAUACAUAUAUAAUUUAAUUAAAUCACUAUGUCUGUCUUCCUCUUCUUAUGUAUUAUAAAUUCAAAAAACUAUAUUUCAAAGUAAAUAACUCCUUAGUGACAAUGUAAUUUAAACAUGUCUGAUCAGUAUUUGUUUAGUGGAUAUGUCAACUCGUUGCCUGCUUCCAUUACACUAUUCAAUUGUUGUAUGAAAAACUGGAGCAAGCAACUAUUUGUUAUUCAUAUACAUAUGCAUACUUCCAAAUUGAGUCAUUGUAUAAAUAACCGCAUACGGAGUGAUUCAAAUCGUAAUAAAUGAGAACAAAGAAAUUGAAAAUCUGUAUUAGAUUUUAUAGGGUGAUAAGAUAAAAAAAUGUUUUUUUAAUCACAUUGCAAGCUCAUUGCAUGGCCUUAAAUAAACAAUCUGAUUUAAUACUAGCCACUCGCUCCGGCUUCGCACGAGGUCUUUUAAGAGAAUACUAAAUUAAAGUGAAAACGUAAUGGAAAUCCUAUGCGCGGUUUAAAAGAAGAAAGCUUAGACAGACACGGCGACUUUGUUUUAUACAAUGUUUUAUAAUAUGUAAUGAUAUCCUACUUCCGGUGAUGCCACAACCUUUACGGGCCUUGACCUCUUCCACAAGUUUCUUCCUAUGACCCUCGCUGUUUUCCAGUCGAUUGCCCAUAUUUUUAAGGCAUUUCAAUCCAUCCUACUCUUCAUGGUCUUCCAUAGAAACAAAUUGCAGAAAAUUACUCGCAGCGUAGCGUUCUCUGCUGGUCUCUUAACCAGCUUGAAAUGGUAUCUUUCCAUCCACUAAAUGGAUUAUUUCUGUCCACAUAGGCCUAUUUGUUUGUUCGUUAAUAUUAUUAUGCCUGUCCUCCUGAUGCACAUUAUAUUAUAUCUACUUAUCUCUUUCACAACUAUAUUAAAUUAUAAUUAUUUAUCAAGUUGUCUGUAUAUUUAUUUACUUUACAAAACAUGUAAAAGGUAAACUGAAAGCCAUAUAUCACAUUUCUAGUUCUGGAUUGUCCUGAAUUCCUCGGUUUUUAUAUUUUUUGAUAUUGUAAUAAUAGAUAUCAGAUAUUGACAAUCUCGGUAAAGUCGAACUUGUAGAUUUUGUACAUAGAGAUUUAGUUGUAAGAUAGCAUAAUGAUAUGUGGACUCAAUAUAUGUAUGUUUAGUGCGCGCACUGCGCGGUCUCUGUGCCAAACUGUUUCCAUUGUUGGAAUCUGAAGCGUCUCAGUAUUUGUACUUAAUGGUUUAAAUAAUAAUUAAAAAGUAAACAUAAUAAUAGAGCGUGAACUUAAAUCUGAUAGAUAGUCACUUGCUCUUUAUCGAAUUAACAUUAGUCAUUAACUAAGUUAGGCUCUGAAAAUAUCAAACGAAAAUAUUAUCAACGAUGAUAUUUUCUUCGAUAAUGUUUUUUUAAACAGGGCUUCCUUUGGGACUUUUAAUUCACGUAAUGUCUUAAUUAUGUGCAUCUAUACAAUUACAUAUAUGCAUGUAAUUUUAUAGAGUGGGCGGUGUAAAUAAAAUUAAUGUUUGCCGACAUUAAAGUUAAUGAUACUGUUGUGAAGGCAUAUCAGAGUGCCCUAGCUGUAAGUUAUUUAUUACAUGUGUGUACAUAAUAGAUGCGAUAAGUGUGGAUAA